AUGGAGAAGCUACAAACGCUGCUGGAUCAUGAGAGGCGAAGUGGCCCGGAGCCGUGCCCGUGUGGCCGUGGUCCAGACUGGGCACGGACGUGGCGGAGCUCCCUGGGUCACCGGCGAAUUCUCCCGAGGUGGCAGUCGGUAACGUUUAAGAUGCUUUUCUCCUGUAGUGCAGUGGGUGCCAAGGAUGUCUCUCCCGUUGUGGCAGGCCUCAUCGGUGCUACUGUCCUUGUGGUGUCUGUCUCAGUAACAGUGUUUGUGUGGACAUGCUGUCACCAGCAAGCAGAAAAGAAGCACAAAACCCCACCGUAUAAAUUCAUUCACAUGUUGAAAGGCAUCAGUAUCUAUCCGGAGACCUUGAGUAACAAGAAGAAAAUUAACCGAAUCCGGAGAGACAAGAACAGCACUCCUAAGGAGACUGGAAGGGGAAACCUCUUGGUGGAUGCUGCUGAAUCUGGUUUAAUAGGCUCCGACAAGGCUCCAGAUGAGCCAAAUGCAGCCCCCCAUGUCGACCAGCUCCCAAUAAAAGUAGAUUAUGGAGAUGAACUAAGUCCAGAUCAAAGCCUCACUCCAGGAGGAAGUAAAACCUCCUCCCCAUCUUCUCCAGGGGAUGAUGUCAUGUUGGGUGAACUGACUUUCUCAGUGGACUACAACUUCCCUAAAAAAGCGCUGGUGGUUACCAUUCAGGAGGCUCACGGGCUGCCAGUGAUGGAUGAGCACACUCAGAGCUCUGACCCUUAUAUCAAGAUGACAAUUCUUCCAGAUAAAAGGCAUCGAGUGAAGACUCGUGUACUUCGCAAGACGCUAGACCCAGUCUUUGAUGAAACCUUCACCUUCUAUGGGAUCCCCUACAGCCAGCUCCAGGAUUUGGUGCUUCACUUCCUCAUCUUGAGCUUUGAUCGCUUUUCUCGAGAUGAUGUUAUUGGAGAGGUCAUGGUGCCCCUUGCAGGGGUGGAUCCAAGCACUGGAAAGGUUCAGCUGACCAGGGAGAUCCUCAAAAGGAACAUACAA